AUGCCUGAGACCUGGAUUCAACGAGAGAUUCUCGCCCCGCGCCGUCUUAUCUUUAACAUCAUUUGGUAUGGCGCCCACAUCGGUACUUUUGCCUAUGGUUGGUACAGUCAGGCGUCGAACAAGCGACUAGCAGCACUCAACGCUCUCACGUUCUCCGUCUGGACCUCGCGUGGGGCCGGCCUUGUGCUUGCACUCGACGGCGGCCUCAUCCUCCUGCCGAUGCUACGUAAUAUCAUCCGCAUUAUUCGGCCCAAGCUCUCGUGGCUGAUGCCCGCCGACGAAAAUAUCUGGUUCCAUCGCCAAGUCGCAUACUCGAUGGCAUUUUGGGCAAUGGUGCAUACGACCGCGCACUAUGUUAACUUUAUCAAUGUCGAGAGAUCCCAGGUCCGCCCUCAGUCAGCGUUGCAAAUUCACUAUACGCAACCAGGAGGUUUCACUGGACAUGUCAUGUUAUUCAUCAUGGUCUUGAUGUAUUCUACAGCUCACCACAAGGUUCGCAAGCAAUGCUUCGAGGCAUUCUGGUACACCCAUCACUUGGCAUUCUUCUUCAUGCUUGGCCUUUUCACUCAUGCAACCGGAUGCUUUGUACGCGACUCGGCCCAGCCUGACUACAUCUCGACUUUCCCCUUCUACUCGACUGAGCACUGCUUGGGUUACCUCUCUUGGCGCUUUAUCAUUUGGCCCGCGAUCAUCUAUUUUGGUGAACGUCUCUACCGCGAGGUCCGCGCUCGUCGUGCGACUACUCUUCAAAAGGUCCUUGUUCACCCUUCUGGUGCCAUGGAGCUACGAAUCAAGAAGCCCAGCUUCAAGUACACUUCCGGCCAAUGGCUGUUCCUCCAAGUCCCGGAGAUCUCCAAGUUCCAAUGGCACCCGUUCACCAUUACUUCCGCCCCCGAAGACCCAUACGUUAGCGUGCACAUUCGUCAAGUUGGUGACUUUACAUAUGCCCUUGGUGAACGACUUGGUGCUGGGCCCAGUGUUGUUGCGUCUCUCACCACUUCGGCCAUGAAUGCACUUGAGAAACGUGCCUCGGAUGCCAAAGGUAAAGGACUCGACGCACUCCCUGAAGAGGGCCGCGGCGAGUUCAUAGAGGUCGAUUCGUCCAAUAUGACCCUUCCUCUAGUCCGCAUCGAUGGACCCUAUGGUGCGCCAGCGGAAGACGUAUUCGAGUCUGAAGUUGCCGUCUUGAUUGGCGCAGGUAUUGGUGUGACACCCUUUGCCAGUAUUCUCAAGCACAUCUGGUACCGCCAACGUCGCGGAAACCUAGGUGCACUCAAGCGUGUCGAGUUCUUCUGGAUCUGCCGUGAUGCCCCCUCGUUCGGGUGGUUCCAGUCCCUCUUGCAGGAAGUCGAAGCCGCUCAAACCGACCCCAACUUUUUGCGUAUGAACAUCUUCCUGACACAGAAGAUUGGCGAAGACAUGCUUUGGAAUAUUGCUGUCAACGAUGCGGGAGCAUCUUACGAUCCUCUCACUCUCCUUCGCACGCGUACUAUUUUCGGACGUCCGGAUUGGCGCUCGGUGUACGGCCGGCUCCGGAUGGCAAUCGAGACGGGGCAAUAUCUCCCCGGUCGCGAGGCUGCACUUCGUACCAAGGUCGGAACCUUUUUCUGCGGGCCUGCCGGUUUGGCAAAGACGAUUAAGCAAGAAUGCUUGGCUGUCAACACCGAGACUAUCAACUUCACGUUCGCCAAAGAGCAUUUCUGA